AUGGCAGAGGAAGAGGGCAAUGUGGAGGAGGAAGAUGUGUUCCUGGCAUUUGCCCGGGGUCCCUCUCCAACCAGGGGUCCCCUGUGUCGGGCCUUGGACAAGGCCUUCUUUAUCUUCCUGGUCCUUUUCUUGGCACUGCUGAUGCUGGAGGCUGCUUAUAAAUUGCUGUGGCCAUUACCAUGGGCAAAAUUUGGGGACUGGCUCCUGGGGACACCCGAGAAGGAGGAGGAGCUGGAAUUGUGA